CGUGAGAAGGAAAGGUUUCUGGAAGUUUAUCCUCAGAUGAAACAGGAGCUUGAGGAGAGCAUCAGGAAGCUCCACGCCCUUGCAGACAAGAUUGACAAGGUGCACAGGGGCUGCUCCAUCACACAAGUGGUGGCCAAGACCACCAGUGCUGCGUCUGAGGUCCUGACAGCCGUUGGUCUUGCUCUGGCACCUGUGUCCGCAGGAGUCAGUCUGGGACUUUCAGUCACAGGAUUGGGACUUGGGGCGGCAGCAGCUGUGACAAGUGUUUCCACAACCAUUGUGGAAAAGGUGAGCACGGCGUCAUUAGAAGCUGAAGCUAGAGAGCUUCUGAAAAGGGGCAACGACACUGAGAAUGACAUUGAAACCAACGACACUGGAGAGGACAGUACAGAAUUUGUAAAGAAGAACAUCCCCAGGCUGUUUUCUGUAUUUAUGAAAUUCUUCCUGUUAUUGAAAGACAUGAAGAAGAACAUUGAUGCCAUCCCUCGCCUAUAUGCCAAAAGCACUAAAGAGGAGGAGAAAGCUUUUGAAGGCACCGAUCUGGCAAUGACCAAUUGGGAUUGGAUCAUUACUGCAAUCAGAGCAAGUGACUCCCUAAUGCAAGUUAUAGUCAUCAUCACAGAAGACCCAAAGCAUUUGCAGGAGGGGACAAAGGCAGAGUUUGCUGCAAAGCUGCGGCAGCAGGCUCAGGACCUGGAGCAGAAGUUGCAGGAGCUCAUCCGGGUGUAUGACAUCCUGACUCAAUGACCUCUUCUUCAGUGCAGCUCAGAGGACUGGGGGUGGGGUGUGCUGGACAGAGCCAUGGACACUUGAUGGAUCUGAAUGUAUCACCUUUAUAACAAUACUAUGAUGGUGGUAGUGCUUACUAGAGGUGCGGCCACAUCAAGAGAAAGAAAACCAGAACACAGAUGGGAUAGGCUUGUUACCUCCCACUAGACUCCACCUCCCUCUUAGAUCUAACAACCUCCAGCAUCCCACAUAAGGGCCAUGCUCCCAAGUUGGGAAGAACAUCCAAGGCCUGACUAAGCCACAGCAUGGCUGCUCCCCAGUCCCACCUACCACACUGCUCCUAACAGAGGCUCACCAUCCUCACAGUUCCCUGAGCUGCCAACUUUCCCGCUGUUUUCAUAUUGACCUUUUCCUCCUUCCUAGUUCUGCCUCAUUCUGUGUUUUUCCAAUUAUUUCCCAAUCUUACAAUGAGAUUCUGGGUGUGAAACCCAUUUCUUUGUUCAUGGUUUGGUCACAUGGAGUGAUGAUUUUGGUGGAAUGCUCAGAGGGUAGAAAGGGAGGGAUGCUGGGGACACCAUCUGCAGGGUCAUCACAGGUUCUUAGUCCUAUGUGCCAGGAAGGAGGAGUGACAGGAUGUGGUGGUGAGUUCUGAUCUCUGUAAGCAGACUCUUGGGGAAAUCUCAAGGCUUAAUUCCUACUGAAGUUUAAAACCUGCUCUGUUUGGACGAGAUCUGCUGAGAUGCACAUGAAAGCUACACUUGCUCCAUUAUAGGUGAAGAAUUAAUUAGUAAACACUGUAAACACUGACCUGGUCAUGCAUUGUUUUGUAUGAAAAUGAUAUCACAUGUUUUAUAGAUUGUUGACUACAGAAAGUUGAUAAUUGUCUCCAGAUUUCUAUCAUCUCCUCUUUUU